CCUGAAGCCUUAUAUUUGAGCAGACACCUUGUUGCAUAUCUUUAAUUUUAUUUUGUUUGAGAGAAGGUAAAUUAUAAUUAGUUCACUGCAUAUUAAAGUUUAAAUAACUAUUAAUUCCAUGGUAGUAUAAAUUAGAUAGCUCUUUAGUUGAGAUGUCAUAGGUUAGAUAAGCGCAUAUUGAAGUUAAAACGACUAUCAAAUAUCCUUCCUGUUUGAUAUUAUGAAUUAGUUAAGUACAAGUAAAACUUUUGUUAAGAGGAUUACCUUUCUUUUUAAAAAAUGGUUAAUACAAUGCUGUGAUUUCAUGCCCCCGUGCUUAAACAGGUUCUUGAUGCUACUUCGGUAGUUAACUUUAUUUUAGCUGUUUUAGAAGCUGAUUUGACAGGUUCGUUUGCAAGUUAUGUGACCCCUAGUCAAUGCCCUAUUGAAUUCUAUGAAGAGAUCUCAUAUGCCACCAUGGUUGGAACCCCGAUUGAUGAUGUCUGUAUCUUUAAUGCCCCAGCAAUUGAUGCUGAACUUACAGGUCCUUUUGAAUUUUCUGUGGCAAAUGUCCAGGCCCCUACUGAUCGGAAUGUAACUGCCUCCCCUGGAGUUGGAAAACUACCAGUUUAUGAUAAAGUCCCUUGUUCCCCUAGUGAGCACCAUUCAAGUUUGAAAUUUGUCAGAAUCUCUAGUACCCAAGUUUAUUCUCCCUCCUUUCAAAAUAUGUACUUGGGGCAUUUAAGGUGUUUGAAGAUAUGUCUGCAAGAGACUGUCACAUUGAGCUCAAGAGUUUCACAUUUUAUAAGAAUGGGAGUUUAAAAUAGGCCUUAGAGCUUU